CGGCAGCCACUAAUGAAAGUGGUCUAUGAAAUGAGUACAGAUGACCGAAACGGAGAAAUUUGAAAAAUUAUUCAAAAAUGAUUUUAAUAAUACAGAUCUGCGGGGCAAAACGGAGAAUUUUAAAACAAGCAAUUCCUUUGUUGGUAAUCUUAAGAUUUCUUCGAGAUUUUGUAUUUUUUUAUCAUAAUUUCUUGGUCAAUUCACUUCCCCUUUCGAAUAUUCUUUAACUUUCCUUGAAAAUUGACUUGUUAGUUUAAGCCAUAUUUGGAAGUGACGUGUGAUUGGUUGUUUUGCUGGUGUGGUAGGAGCGGCGGCCAUCUUGUGGAGAAAGUGGUGUUUCCGGCUGGUUGUAGGGGUUUAUUAGCCGCUUCUAAAAAUUGUUUUUCAUUUAUAUUAUAGUGAGUGUUUAGGCAUUUGAAUACACGUUACAUUCACAAUGACGGAGAGACAGCUAGACUGUGCGUUAGAUUUAAUGCGAAGGCUGCCACCCCAGCAAAUUGAGAAGAAUCUUAGCGAUGUUAUCGAUUUGGUUCCUGCACUCUGUGAAGACUUGCUAUCAUCUGUUGAUCAGCCACUCAAGAUUGCUAAGGAUAAAUCAACUGGCAAAGACUAUCUUCUCUGUGAUUAUAAUAGAGAUGGAGAUUCCUACAGAUCACCAUGGAGUAAUUCUUAUGAUCCACCUCUGGAUGAUGGUGCACUGCCAUCUGAUAGGCUAAGGAAACUUGAGAUAGAUGCUAACACUGCCUUUGAUCAGUACCGAGAAAUGUACUUUGAGUCAGGGGUGUCUUCUGUAUACUUAUGGGAUUUAGAUCAUGGAUUUGCUGGUGUCAUCUUGAUUAAGAAAGCGGGAGAUAAUGAUAAGAUCAAAGGUUGCUGGGAUUCCAUCCAUGUUGUGGAGGUUCAGGAGAAAAGCAGCGGACGACAAGCCCACUACAAGCUCACAUCAACAGUCAUGCUUUGGCUUCAGACAAUUAAGAGUGGAUCGGGAAUCAUGAAUUUAGGAGGAAGUUUGACUAGACAGGCUGAACAAGACAGUCCUGUCAAUGAUGCCAAUCCACAUAUUGCCAACAUUGGAAAAAUGGUUGAGGACAUGGAAAACAAGAUGCGAAACACUCUGAAUGAAAUUUACUUUGGUAAAACAAGGGAUAUUGUUAAUUCCCUUAGGAGUAUCCAUAGUCUAGCUGAUCAAGGGAAACAAAAACAAGUGCAGCAGGAGCUCUUCAGUGUUCUCAAAAACCGCCAAAAGUAGUUUUAUAAUCUUAGUGACUUUACUCUAGAAACUUGUUGGAAAAAACCUUCGAUUUGUGAUGCGAAAUUAGUUGCUGGAGAUUUUUUUAACAAAAAACAAAAUCACCAAAGCUUUUGUAUAAUUUUGCUGGAACCAAAUGUUUUUCACAGAUUGAGAAGAAGGUACUUAGUGAAAACUACCAUUCAGAAAAGCAUUUUGUGUACUUGGAGGGUGACUUUCCAUUUUAUUAAUUCAUAUUUUAUGGAAGCUGCUAUCUUGUAUGUUAUUGGUCUUUGUAUGAAUGCAAGGUCAUAGCUUCUGUUAUAAAUGAGCUCUAUUUGAUUACCUGAGUGAGCCUAAGGUGAACUGUGAUGUUGUGUUUCUUAUAAACCCAAGUGAAGUGCAAUUUUCAAUUGAGCCAUAGCAUGAAAUGUUUUCUGGGAUUGCAGUCAUUUCUCUUCCCAUUGCUAAUAGAUUGCUCAGAAAAGCUUCAUGCCACCUUCACAUGUAAUUUGUGCUCUUCUGAACUCAAGGUUGGUGUCACGAAUUGUUUUGAUUGUUAACUCGUUUUGCUGUUUACUUUUGUUCUUACUGGUCAUGGUGUUCACUCUGGUUCUGACUUGACUACAUGUAAUUGAAAGCACUCUAUUGGUAGUUAAAUAAUAAACACACCUUUUGGUUUGUGGUAAAGUUAACUGAUUGGACUUUUGGGCCAAAUGUAGGCACUGAUUUCUUCUUAUCAACUAGAUGGUACAUGUAAUUCAAUCAUUGUUAUUUGAGAAUUUUGAUCGUAAAAGUUGUUUCUUUUGUCAAUACCUAAUUUUUAGCAAUUGAUAAUUGAUGUUGAUCAAUUGUUAACUUUGUUAACUGUAAGACAACAAACAUUUCAUCGUAUGUCACAUGUGGGAUUCUUCAAGUAAAUUCUAGCAUUCUAGACAUGUUUACUUUUUAUGACAAGGGCUUUUUUGGGGAAUGCAAAACAAAAUUAGUAAGAACAAAAACAAUGCAAAAGCCAGGGAUUAGAAAGAAACCCCCCCCCCCCAGCUUAACAACUUGUUGAAGUGUUACAUGAUGCACAAUCUGUACAAGUAUCAAAAAUUAUAAAUAGAAUUCAUGAUUAAAAGGCCAAUUACUUAAGGAUUUGUUACACACUCAUUACUUUUAUUUUCCCUUAGAUUUCAAGAGAUUCUUAAAACUGUUCUUAAUAAAACAAUAUUUGUUAUAUACA